GACUGUGAAGUGUAUCUGUCUGAAUUCUUACUUUGCAUACUAAAUGACAACAUUUUGUAAUUUCUGUUUUGUUCUCGAUUAUAAUCCAUAAUAUUGAUAUAUGUGUGACAGUCUUUUCGUAUCUGAAAAGCCAAAGGGAAGGAUUAUUGUCAAUAAUUUAAAUCACUUUGUAUUUAGUUUGCUUUGUAAAUGGAUCCUAGUUCGCCUAAGCGCUCUGAAGUAAUAGCGAAGGGGUGUGUGUAUAACAACUCUAUGUGUGUCGUCAAUUUUUCUUCAAAGAGUGUGUUAAACGGUGACUUUUUCUUUUAUACUAAAGCGAGUUUGAAGGAAGCAGGCGUACCUCAUUCGCUGGUAAGGAAAACAUCAUGGACCAAAACUAGCUGCAACCUGCUGCGGCUGCAUGCCUGUAGAAUUAACUGCAAGAGAAUGGCACAAUUGGUCAGGAACGUGGGUAGCGAGACCAGUGAAUGUCGAGGUGUUCUUGCAGCCAGUCUGAUGGAAAAGAGCAGUGAUGCCGACAGAAACUCCUCUGCAGUUAUGGGUGUUCAAGAUUCCGUCUUCAUUGGCUCUGACUUUCAGAACCUUAACGGUAAGGUUGGGACACUGUAUCCCCACUCCCUGCCAAAUUACAAACCUAAUUUGCACUUUAUCGGACACAGUAACGAAGACAGGCACAGUCUUGCUUCCCAGGAUUCAGGCAUUCCAACACUGGAGAUCAGUAAUCCGGAGCCCAUAAACUGCAGUGGCCUGAUCUCUAAAUCGAACCACGUCGACAGCAGAUUUAUAUUUGAUCAGUUUUUGCCCGGUUCCAGCAGCAUGCCUCCGGCUACACUGAACCUGGAGUCUGAAAAUUCCAUAAAGAAGUCGUCCACGUUUCCGCGCAGCGGCUACGACACUGUGAUGCUCUUCAGCCCGAACUCAAGGGCUCUCAACAGGAGCGACGAUAUCUCUGUGUGCAGUGUCUCCAGCCUCAGCACAGAGCUGUCCACCACGCUUUCAGUCAGCAACGAGGAUAUACUGGACUUCACGGUAACCAGCGACUCCAGCGCCAUAGUAAAUCUGGAGAGCGACGAGGCACAGUUCUCGGACGUAACCCUGAACUCUCAGCAGGACCCCUGCGAGCGCAGUCCCCAGCACCAGGCCGGCCCCCCAGACGAGGAGGAUAACCGCUUCCGGAAAUUUGGACCACUUGCCACCUUCUUCACCAGGAGUUUGUUUGCAAAAAAAUCUAAGGAUACAAGGCCCUUGGAGAAAAGUGAACCAGGGUGGAAGAUGUUUGGAAAAGUACCUCUCCGAGAUGGGCUAAACAAGGACCCAAAGAAAAUACAGAAGGAAUAUGAAGAAAGAACUGGACGACCUCACAGUUCCCCUUCGAAGCAAAGUGUGAGGAAGUAUCUGGACUGCGAGCCCCUCUCAACAACUGCACUUAUCCUUGAAGACAGGCCAGCGAAUCUCCCUGCCAAGCCUGCAGAAGAAGCUCAGAAGCACAGACAGCAGUACGAAGAGAUGGUGGCCCAGGCCAAGAAACGAGAGAUAAAGGAAGCACAGAAAAGGAAGAAACAACUGGAAGAAAGAUGCAAACUGGAAGAAAGCAUCGGAAAUGCUGCUAUGACCUGGAACCAGGAAAUCCUACCAAACUGGGAAACAAUGUGUAAUUCCCGUAAGGUGCGGGAGCUGUGGUGGCAGGGAGUUCCCCCCAGUGUCAGAGGGAAGGUGUGGAGCCUGGCAGUUGGCAAUGAGUUAAACAUCACCCACGAACUCUAUGAUAUCUGCCUGGCACGAGCAAGAGAAAAAUGGAAAUCCAUGCCAACUGCUGGUCCAGAAACAGACAAUGAAGACCCUGGAAUAUCCUUAGCAGACAGAGAAGCAAGUUUGGAACUUAUAAAAUUAGACAUUUCACGAACAUUUCCAAAUCUCUGUAUUUUCCAGAAGGGAGGUCCUUACCAUGACAUGCUGCACAGCAUACUGGGCGCUUACACCUGUUACAGACCUGACGUGGGCUAUGUGCAGGGAAUGUCCUUCAUUGCGGCCGUGCUGAUCCUUAACCUGGAUACUGCUGAUGCCUUCAUCGCUUUUGCCAACCUUUUGAAUAAACCUUGCCAGAUGGCAUUCUUUCGAGUGGACCAUAGCCUUAUGUUGACAUAUUUUGCAGCUUUUGAGGUGUUUUUUGAAGAAAAUCUACCAAAGUUAUUUGAACAUUUUAAGAAAAACAAUUUAACUCCAGAUAUUUACUUAAUUGACUGGAUUUUCACCCUGUACAGUAAGUCAUUACCCCUGGACCUUGCCUGCCGUGUCUGGGAUGUGUUUUGCAGAGAUGGAGAUGAGUUUCUAUUUCACACAGCCCUGGGCAUCUUGAAGCUUUAUGAGGACAUUUUGACCAAAAUGGACUUCAUCCACAAUGCCCAGUUCCUGACGAAACUACCAGAGGACAUCCCUGCUGAGGAACUGUUCACAGCCAUCGCUGCUAUCCAGAUGCAAAGCAGAAACAAGAAAUGGGCUCAGGUACUUUUGGCAUUGCAGAAAGACAACCGAGAACAGGAGCGUGGAAGUCCUGUACUAAAACGCUGAGCCACACAGACAUUUUCUGUGCUACGCACGCUAGCAAAACAAGGAGAAAGGGCAGGCCCUGCACCCAAGUGUAUACAUUGCAAACUGUGAAGAACCUCCGUCACAGAGCUUGUUUCCUAGUCUUCACACUGGAGGUGACCUUAACCUGAACUUGUGCAAAUUCUAUGAAGGACUAAAGCCUUAGAAAUCAUAUCCAGCAUUUUAACCCAGUGCAGAUAUCUUCGGUACAAUGGAAAAAGUUUUUAUUCUUAAAAAUCCCCACAUAUUAGCCACAGAUGUCCUUGUCCUUUGGGUAUUUUGUUACAGGUUUGGUUUCUGCAUUGCUCAAGUACUAGUUUGUUUUCCAUACAGUAAUCGACUGAAAACUGGCUGUACAGUGGCCUGGCUUGUGUAUUAAAUUAACUUGAAUGUAUUUUACACCAGUCCAAUUUGAUCCUGGAAAUGCGUGCGUUUUUGAAGUCUUAAACUAAACCCCAAAGUGGUAAACUGAAUAAUAACUACGAAAGAGGUUAUUUCAGAAACAUAAAAUGCUUUAAAACUGUAUUUGCUGGAUCGCUCUUUGCACUUUUCAGUCUGCUACCGGUAAUUAUGCUUUUGUUGUGAUUUUGAUAUCUAAAAACAAUUUCAUUCUUCUCAUAUGCUGAAUAUUUUAUUAUUUACUGUGGUUCUGGUCAUUUGGAAUAUUGUACAUUUUGUUCUGUAAAAUAUCGUUUUGUAUAUGGUAUGGUUUGUGUAGAGUUUCUGCUAAUUUAAAUGAGAUUACAAUAUUUAUCUGCUUAUGUGGCAGCACCUACUGAUGAAGGAGUGCUGUUUUGUUACUGAUGUAAAGUGCAAUAGACUGGCAGAGAGGGUCAGUAGGUAUAUAUGUAUUGAAAAUGGUUAUGACCCAGUACACCCAUCCGACAGUAUAAUCACACUUCAUUAGAAAGCACUGCUUUAAAUACUGUAGCCCUCAGAUAUUUCAAUCACUGGAAUCGGGAAAGAUAAUUGUAAAGUUCCCCUGGCAUUCAUAAACACAACUGAGAAUUAUUACAUUCCACAGGCUGAUUGAUCUUCAAAGAAAGUCUUCAGUCAGUUUAUCCGACAAACAGUAGCUUUUACUAGUUUAAACGGGGGACCGGUUAAGAACAUUUGUGUUAUGUCAAUAGUAUCUGUUGACUAUCUGCACUACAGCAACCUCAUAGAGGGUAUGCUUUUGUUUGUUUGUGGCUUUGUGGCUCAUUACAAACAGGAUAUAAAAGCACCCUGUGUAUCACGUAAGCUAAUGUUCUGUUACUCAUUCAGGCCCAUGGUAUAGUACUCUACAGAUUCAUUUGCAGUUUAAUGUUCAGCUCUGAGAUAGGUUAUAACUCGUUUUGAAGGAUAUUUUCUACAAGCAAUGCUGGUUAAAACCAGACCCACUGAAACAUGUUUUUCGGCUUAAUGUGUGUUCAUAGUUCUCAUUCCACAAUGUGUGUUUCUUUUUCUUUUGGCGUGUGUCAUCAUCCCGUCCUGCCCCCCACCCCUGUAUUUAUGUAAACAUAUGACACUGUUUUUAAUGUAGUUAUAAAUUACUGCACUCCAUGUUCCUGCAUACAUUUAGAAAAUACUGCAAUGAUGCGUUUUGCAGUUUCUUUACUUCUAUUUUGUCCGCACUCUGUGUCACUGAGUUUUUGAUAUUCAGUGGGUUUGUUGGGUACUGAAAGUAUAUGGUUUAAAUUGAUGGCAAGUGAUUCUUGUGCACAUAUUGGCUUAAAUCUGAUACCACUGUGUAUUUAUUAUUUACGUAUUAGAUCAGAGGUUUUUUUUUAAGAUUGUCAUCUCCUGUUUUUAAUGUGUGGGGUCAUUGUUUGAAAUAUUAACCAGUGCAGAAUCAAGAGUAAAUGGUUCAAGACAAUAAAUACAGUUCCCUAUAUACAGCCCGGGUUUAGUUUGAGGACAUGUUUCAAGACAACCGUGAUCCUGAAAUAUGCUCUUAAUGCCUUUUCAAGAAAACCCAGUUGUAUGUAUUGGUAUUUGUAAUAAAAACACCACGCCAUGUCUCUGUGUUAUUUUAACUGUUUUUAUUGUGUUUUAUGAUGUUUAAAUGAAGCAUUCAUUCCACAUUUAAAAAGGUUACUUUCUGGCAAAUGCUUUCAGGCACAGGAGCAAAAUAUGGAUCAUGUUGGUUCAUCUUUUUAUUGUAUAUUAUGUGCAAUUAGUUAUAUAUAUAUAUCUGUAUAUAUCUAUAUAUAUCUAUAUAUAUCUAUAUAUAUCUAUAUAUAUAUAUAUCUAUAUCUAUAUAUAUAUAUAUAUCUAUAUAUAUAUAUAUCUUUGUGUCAAUGCAAAUCUCAGCCUGAAGCAACAAUCUUUUACAGGCUUAUAUUUGAAGUUGGCAAAUUAAUUUUUAAUUUAAUCAUGAUUUAAUCUGCUGGUCUUAUUUUUGAUAAGCAAGUCAGCUAAAUAAUGUUUGAAAUGGCAGGGUUGAACGAUGCAGUACAAUAAAUAUAAGUAGUUUAUUUGAUCUGUGAAAAAAUUGUAAUAUUUAUAUGGCUUGAAAAAAAAUAAAUCAAUACCAAAUAUCCAAGGGACCUAUUUCAGUUCACAAGAAAGUGGUAGAAAAUCAAGAGACUGGAAAUCUGUCUUGAAAUGUAAAUAUUGUUUUAUUAAAUAAAGCUCUGUAACUGAUU